GCGGGCGGGGCUGCCCGCGGGGCUCGGCUGGCGUCGGCUGCCUUCGGCGGCGCUCGGUAGGCUGCGGUAAAUCCGGGCUUGCCGCGGCUGGCGGAGCUGCGGCCCGGUGGUCCCUGCUGCGCGCCCCGAGCCCGGAGAGCCAUGCAGAUGUCCUACGCCAUCCGGUGCGCCUUCUACCAGCUGCUGCUGGCCGCGCUGAUGCUGGUGGCGAUGCUGCAGCUGCUCUACCUGUCGCUGCUGUCCGGGCUGCACGGGCAGGAGGAGCAAGAGCAGUAUUUCGAGUUCUUUCCCCCGUCCCCGCGGUCCGUGGACCAAGUUAAGGCGCAGCUCCGUGCCGCGCUGGCCUCCGGAGGCGUCCUGGACGCCAGCGGCGACUACCGCGUCUACAGGGGCCUACUGAAAACCACCAUGGACCCCAACGAUGUGAUCCUUGCUACGCACGCCAGCGUGGACAACCUGCUGCACCUCUCAGGCCUGUUGGAGCGCUGGGAGGGCCCACUGUCCGUGUCGGUGUUCGCGGCUACCAAGGAGGAGGCGCAGCUGGCCACGGUGCUGACCUACGCGCUGAGCAGCCACUGCCCCGAUAUGCGCGCCAGGGUCGCCAUGCACCUCGUGUGCCCCUCGCGCUACGAGGCCGCCGUGCCCGACCCCCGGGAGCCCGGGGAGUUUGCCCUGCUGCGGUCCUGCCAGGAGGUCUUUGACAAGCUAGCCAGAGUGGCCCAGCCCGGGAUCAAUUACGCGCUAGGCACCAAUGUCUCCUACCCCAAUAAUCUGCUGCGGAAUCUGGCGCGUGAGGGGGCCAACUAUGCCCUGGUAAUCGACGUGGACAUGGUGCCCAGCGAGGGGCUGUGGAGAGGCCUGCGGGAAAUGCUGGAUCAGAGCAAGCAGUGGGGUGGCACCGCGCUGGUAGUGCCUGCCUUCGAGAUCCGCCGUGCCCGCCGCAUGCCCAUGAACAAAAACGAACUGCUGCAACUUUACCAGGUGGGCGAGGUUCGGCCCUUCUACUAUGGGCUGUGCACGCCCUGCCAGGCGCCCACCAACUACUCCCGCUGGGUCAACCUGCCAGAAGAGACCUUACUGAGGCCUUCCUACGUGGUGCCCUGGCAGGACCCCUGGGAGCCGUUCUACGUGGCUGGAGGCAAGGUGCCCGCGUUCGAUGAGCGCUUUCGGCAGUAUGGCUUCAACCGCAUCAGCCAGGCUUGUGAGCUGCAUAUGGCAGGAUUCGAUUUUGAGGUGCUGAAUGAAGGGUUUUUGAUUCAUAAGGGUUUCAAAGAAGCCUUGAAGUUUCAUCCCCAAAAGGAGGCUGAAAAUCAGCACAAUAAGAUCCUUUACCGCCAGUUCAAACAGGAGUUGAAGGCCAAGUACCCCAACUCCCCCCGUCACUGCUGAGCCCUCCCUAUCCUAGUCUGAGAAGUCUCAGCCUCCUUAGGCCACCCUUCAGGCCUGACUGGGGUAAGAGAUGUCACUCCACUUCCCGUGGUAGCUGUGGUGUGUUGGAACACUGGACUUGGGGUGCUGGGACCAAGUCCUAGCUUUACCACUAACUAGCUGUGUGGCCUUGAGCAAAUCCCGUUCCCUCUCUGAGCCUCAGUUACCCGGUCUGUAAAAAGGGAGGUGAGAAUACCUACCUCACAGAACUGUUGGGAGGCUCAGGUGAGAUGCUAUAUGUGAAAACAUUCUGUAAGCUUCGUACAAAUGUGAAGUAUUAUUAAUAUUAUUACAGUAUUAUUAUUGUUGUUGUUAUUAACAAUCCUGGGUGGGUGAGCAGCAGCAGAGCGGAAAGUAUGAGUGGGGCGGAGCUGAGAAGCCUGAGUACCUAACAAGAGGAGCUUUCCGGAAAGAAGUCCGGGGACGCGUUGGAUUCCGUCCGUCCUUCGUCUCGGGCCUCCACCGGCGGAGACGCUGGGGAAGGGGAGGGCCCGCAGGCGAUGCAGGAGUCCUGUCCCCAACAGGCUGGGCUGGGUUCUCUGCCUACCGCCGACCGAGUGUAAAUAAAUACGUGUUCACACCUGCA